AUGUCCUCGAUCGCACGGCCUCCAGACCCCGAGAACCGCCUAAAAUCCAGCACCAAGGGCGGCCGGCGCAUCUCCCGCACUCGCACGCGACGAGGCUCGAAGAACACCGAUUCCAGUUCAAGCGAUGAAAGCGGACUAAGCUCUGAUGAGGAGGAAGAGGACCGAGAAAGAGAAAAAGAAAGCCAUGUCGGCGGCAGCUCAGUGCUUUCAGGUCGGCGCGCCAGCAAUUUCGGCCUCGACGAGCACCUAUCCGUCUCGGCGUCGACUGCAGUCCAUGAACCGCACCGUCCCGGCUCUCUAGGCUCUGGUCGAGGUUCAUCGCUGCGAAAACGCGGUGGUGCAGGCUCGGAUCUCGAGGAGGAUGCGGGAACGGCGUCUGAUCGACCUGAAGAUGGUCCUGGGAGUUCUAGGCCGCCCUGGGAGUCGCUUCUGGGUGUACCCGGGAGUGUAUGGGAGAAGCUAUUGAGUCCGUCUCGGUCGUGGCAUAAGCGGCGCUUUGAGAUUGGCAUCAAUGACCUUGCCCUUAUUGGGUGGCCGGUCUUCGUGCGCGAGGAUGGUACAUGGCGCAAACAACGACGCAAGAAAAAGAAGAAGCCGCGUGCGGACUGGGAAGGUGGUGAAUUGGGUCACAAUGAACAAGCUGAGGAUGGGCGCGGUGAUGAGCGGUCUCCUGAUUUGGGUGCCAGUGUUGCCUCCAUUGCGGAGUCUUUGACUUCGCCGACGGGUAGCAAGCGUGAUUCGACUAGCGGGAAAUCGGGGAAGAUGGGAGAUGGUGCGCCUCUUGACUCCGAGGAUAAAGAUCAUAUGACUAUGUUCAAUGUGGUAUUUGUCGUGGAUCCGCCUCUUUUGGAGUACUCGAUGCGGGUGAAGGAGAUCUAUGAGAACAUUAUCAAGAAGUUCGCCAAGGCACUCAAGUGGGAGCAGGCUCGCACUGACUAUGUGUGGAAAGAGUCUCAACAUAUCUUGCAAGUUCGACGGAGAGCACGAGAGAAUAAAACAUCGACUCAUAAUCUUUACUCUGAAUUGAUUUCUCAGUCUUCGCUGGCUAGGGCUAUGUACACAGUGUACAGUAGCAUAUCAGCAUCCAAGAUCGCAUCUAUCUCGCUUAGCCCGGAUGUGUCUAUUUCGCUCCAGAUCCCGCCACUAACCUCUACACCAUACGUUUCUGGCCCAGCAGACAAAUCAUACCCCGGUCUGUGGCUGACAACAGCAGACAGUGCAACUCCAGUGGACGAUCCAGGGGCUGAUGGAAACAAUACGCCACAUCAAGUACUGGCAAAGCAUUUCGCCCUCCUACUAUUGGACAGCGAAGCUGCGAUUAUCAAGGAUGUCGAAGCCUCCGGUGGCGCUCUUGCUCCAGCACUCGCCCACUACAUCCGUUGCUCGAAGCCGACCAAGUCUUUUGCUCAGAUAUCAGCGUCGUCAGGGAUCCCCUUAUCUCACAUCCAGAUGCUGUCAAGCCACCUCGUGUAUUGGCGUCGUGCUCGCGCUAUACCUCCAAUCCACCAACGAGAUACGUACAUCGUCUCUCCGAACUGUGACCUGAGUAAGCUGGAAGUGGCUACGAUCGCCUAUCAAGCGGCGUUCCCAACACUCCCCAGCUUGCCAAAGAUGCUUUCCACCCUCAGCGGUACCCCUCGCCCAUACAGCAACUUCAUCCCUAGCAAGGACCACAAGGAGGCCUACUUUAACAUCUUGGCAUGGUUAUUGCGCGGCGGUUGGGUCACUCAGCUGCGCACAUUUGCGCGUAUCAAGGUCACACCCGAGAUCAAAAUGGCUGUGGAAAUGGCAUUGCGGAAGGAGGAAGUGGACCGGUACCUAGCAAAGGGCUCUUCCAAUUCCAUCCCAGUCGACGAAGAUGACGCCGACGACAAGGAUGAUGAUGAUGAUGCGAACUCUUCAUCCUCAUCCUCACUAGCAAGCCACGACAGCGGUGAAGAGACGCCCAUGCCCGGCCGACUCGAUCCACACUCGCAACUGCGCAUGUCUCACAAAUUCUUAGAUCGAUCAACAGCUCUCCGUCUCUCAUCAUUCAUUCUCUCUCCGCACCGUGCAUCCCCACUCGAGUCACGCUGGCUCGACGAGAUCGUCGCUCGAUUUCCCGACCACCCCAACACAGAUCAAGAUGAGCUCAAGAAUAGCCCAGAUAACGAUCUCCAGACCGUGCACAAGAAAUACUGGCCAGUCUUCCUGAAGUACUUCAAUGGCUAUGACGCCGUGGAAAAGAUUCCCGUACGGGAAAAUCUCAAGCGCAAGCUUGUUUGGCAGGUUCUCAUGCGGCUGGGGUUGGUGACGGGGCCACUGGGGUCGAUUGAGUUAGAUGCGCGCGAACAGGUGUUGGUCAGUUUUCGGCAUUGGUAG